AUGUUCCCAAUACUACCAGCGUAUGUAGGACAGAGCACUUCUAUGGUUGGAACCGAUAUUUUUAACCAACUUAAUAUCAAUAAAUUCAUGAAACAAUUGAUCAGUCAGAUGGUUUAUUUCAAAACAAAUAUGGGUAUCGUUACAGACUCUUAUAUUGCUAUCUUUGUGGAAAUUGACCUAGAUUGUUUCGAAAGAAACAUAAGUGAACUCAAAGGUAAAGCAGAUUUUCACAAGCACAAGACUAUACCUCUUAGAUAUAAAGUUUUGGACUGUCAUUCAGCGGCGCCUACGUUACGAGAAGCACUAAUGCAUUUUUUUUACACUGCUUUUGUUGAUGAUGAAACAGAAAAGAUGAGACAGGAAAGAAUGCUUAAAUUGAGAGAAUAUUUAUGGGCUACUCCGGAACAAAAUGAAGAGCAAGUCGAGAGCUCGGCGUACAGUUCUGAAAGAUCAGAUGGCUCGUUCGGUAGUAGACCGAGUACAGCUGGUACGGCUGGUACACAAUUAUCGACAACAUUAGUGUCUGUUAAUGAAGAUGAAGAGUUAGAAGAAGAAUCUCUUCUCGAAUUCACAGCCAAUGACCAUGUAACUAUGCAGAAUGGUGAUAUUUAUAAUUCACAGCUUGUUGCAAUUGAUGCCUGCUACAUGAAGGAGUAUUUGCUCCGUCAUGUUGACGAUACUGAAAAGCUUGUUGCAAAGUUCUACGACCCCCGAAUGGCCAAUAACGAACAUGGUAAGUUUAAAUACAGCAAGAAAGAGUUAUUAGAAUUAUGUCUUAAGGCUUAUAAUAACGAAAGAUGGAUGUACCAGGUAUUAUCGAAAGAUCUGGAAUUCAAUAGCUGCUAUAUGGCCCACACGAGAGGAUACAUGAAAGUCCGCGUUGAUGGAUACUAUCUCACCAAGGGAUAUUUCAACUUGUUUCAUUAUAUAGAAACCAUACCGUUAGAUAAUAACAUUGAGUUGUAUAAAAAGGCCAAGGAACAGUUGGAAGUGAUUCACAAGCAUGGAAUUAUACACGGGGAUAUAAAGGCAGAUAAUAUACUUUGCGCAAAGGACGGAAAAGUGUAUAUCAUUGAUUUUGCAUUUUCUGUCACCAAGAAUGAAUGGAAUACUCAGAAAAGUAUGGAAUCCGAUAUCAACGAAUUGAAAUAUGUAUUUGGUCUUGAUGGAAUGUAA